GCGUUCACGAGACGGAGGAACAGAGCCGUGCACGCGCGGAGGACAGAAGCCGGAAACAUGGCGGCGCUCAUGUCACUGACUCAGAUAUCAAAUGGAAACCCAGCAUAUGAAACCUUCUACAAACAGGUGGAUCCAGGAAACAUGGGCAAAGUUGGUGCAGCUGAAGCAGCGCAGUUUUUGAAGAGGUCAGGGCUUUCAGACAGUACUCUGGGCAAGAUCUGGGAUUUGUCAGACCCAGAAGGAAAGGGCUACUUGGACAAGCGGGGUUUCUUUAUUGCACUAAGGCUCGUGGCUUCAGCACAGAAUGGCAGUGAUGUCAGUCAGGCCUCCCUGAACCAGACCAUGUCAAUACCUGCUCCUAAAUUUAGAGACACAGGCAGCCCUUCUUUAAUAUCUUCAUCUUCCAGUGACUCCACGUGGACCGUGAAGUUUGAUGAAAAAGCUAAGUAUGACAGCAUAUUCGAGAGUCUCUUGCCCAUCAAUGGGCUUCUGUCAGGAGAUAAAGUGAAACCAGUCCUCAUCAAUUCAAACCUGCCCCUUGAUGUGCUUGGGAAGAUUUGGGAUCUCAGUGACAUUGAUAAGGAUGGACAUUUGGAUAAAGAAGAGUUUGCAGUGGUUAUGCAUUUGGUAUACCGAGCCCGAGAGAAAGAACCUCUUCCCUCCAUCCUACCGACAUCCAUGAUCCCUCCAUCCAAGCGGAAGAGGAGUGCAGUUACUCUGGCUGGCUCUGUACCCGUUCUACCCUCCAGUCCUUUCCUCUUGAAGGAGAACCUUCGGCCCACAGCACCUCUCUCCAAGAGCCCUCUGACCAUCACCUCUAAUCUUUCACCCUCAAACUCCUUUAGGAGCUCCAGCCCAAGUCCUAAUCCCAGUCCAGCACCACAACUGCAUGCUUUGGCGAAGUGGGUGGUGCCCCAGGAGGACAGGGAGCAGUAUGAGGAAAUCUUCGAGCUGGCCGACUCUGAUUUCGACAGCAUGGUUGGAGGAGGUGAAGUGAAGGACAUCUUUAUAAACUCAGGGCUGCCCCAGAGUGUCCUGGCCCACAUCUGGUCACUGGCAGACACAGAAAAUGUAGGCAAAUUGACCAAAGAGCAGUUCAGUCUGGCCAUGCACCUUAUUCAGCAGGCAGUCAAAGGUGUUGACCCACCUCAGAGCCUGAACCCCGAUAUGAUACCUCCUUCAGAGAGGGGCUCUGCUACCUCUGCCGCAAUCUCAUCAGAAAUCUCCUCAUCAGCCGGUUUCGACUUCGCUGGACUCUCCGGCAUGUCCAGAGAGAUUAGUAGUCCAGUGAUUCCAGUGGAGUUGACAGGAAACAAAGAGUUUGACGACAUUAGCCAGGAAAUCGCACAGCUUCAGAGUGAGAGGCGGACCAUAGAGCAGGAGAUCAGGCAGAAGGAGGAGACCCUUCGUCAGAAGAACAGUGAAGUUCAUGGCAUGCAAGUGGACCUGGAACAAGAGAACAUCAGCGUGAAAGAACUGGAGCGACAGACGCUGGGCGCUCAGAACAGACUGCAGGAAAUGGAGCAGCAGAGGAGCAAACUGGAGAGCAAAGUGACCGAGGCCAAGAGCAAGGUCCAGGAGGAGAGCAGCAGGAUCUCCUCUUUGCAGACGCAGCUCAUAUCUCAGGAGGCGUCUCAUCAGACGCGGGAGAAGGAACUGAACAGGACCAAGACGGACUUGUACUGCAUGGAACAGGAGGAGAAGCAGCUGGAGGAGAGCCUGCAUGCAGGAAGAGCCAAGCUAGAGAGCAUCCUAAAACUGCUCAAAACCUCUCAGAAUGAGAUGGAUGAGGUACGGGAAGAGAUCUCACAGAUCCAGGAGCGGCAGAAGGAACUGAAUAAGACCAUCGAGCGCUACGACAAAGUUCUCGACGGCAGUACGAGCAACCUGGCUGAAAUCGACCAGCUCCUUGCUGAGGAGGGUUCAGGACUCAGCAGCACUGUGGAGGACUCCUCCUUCAAGUCGAAGCUGGCCAUGUUUAAUAACAACGCCGCUCAGAACUUCAGCGUGGAUCCCUUUCAGACUGAGGACCCCUUCAAAAGCGACCCCUUCAAUAAAGUUGUAGCUGACCCAUUCGGAGGAGAUCCCUUCAAGCAGAAUGACCUGUUCAGAGACCCCUUCAGCAGCUCGGAUCGCUUCACUAAAAGUCCCGCCAGCCCAUUAAACGUCAGCUCUUUUGGAAGGCAGGGGAAUCUUGCAUCCGUCGGUUCUCCUAAGUUGAAAGACUCAGAUCCUUUUGCUCCAUCGGACCCUUUCGACUCUUUUGGCGGGAACAGUGGCUUUGCAGACUUUGGAAAUAUGUCAAAGGGCUCCAGUAGCCAACCUAUAGGCCGAAAACCCACCUACCCUCUGCCUCCACCCAAAAAGCCUGUGCCAGCCAGACCAGCACCACCUCCUUAUGGCACAAGUUCAGCAGGAACUCAUACAGGAGUUGCCGCUCAUAGACAAACGCUCGGUGUUCCUCGCUUUCCGAAGCCGUGCGAGGACUCUCUCUCCUCGUCGCAGUCCAGUAGAUCCGCCUUAACAGAGUCUCUCGGUCUUGCAGACCUUAGAGCCUUCGGAAAUGAAGUCGAACAGCUGGAGUGGGCAAAGCGAGAGAGUAAGAGGGAGGAGGAGCGCAUGAGGAGGCUCCGCCUCCAGGAGCAGCAGGAUCUGGAGCUGGCUCUCGCUCUCAGCCGGGUCGACACAUCCAGAACGUGAGGCCAGUCCACAGUGCCUUGUCCAGAGCCCAACGCUGCAUCGUAGCCAUCCUAAAUACCGCUUCCUCCGAGGGUAAAAAACAACAGAACACAGGGUCCAUUGAAAUUCUCACUGUCGAGCGUUCCCCUGAGCUUUGAGGCACACAUAACUCAGUUGUUUUCUCUGCUGCUAAAAUUGCACUCUAUCCUACACUGCCUUACAGACGGGCAAACCAAAUCUCUCAAGGGUGCUUCCCAGGUUCUAAUUAAAACGCAUUGCGAUACGCCUUAAGACGAAAAUAUACCGAACAAAUGACCAAAGGUUAUACGAGCUAAACAUAAACAACUAUUUAAUAUCAUUUGAACAUUUUUUUUUUUGUAUUGGCUCUGGGCAAAUACAACAUUGGUAUAAGAGAAAGUGUCACCACUUAGUGUUAGUGGACUUGAUUACAAAGACUCUUCUUCUGUUCUGCUCGCUUUGGCGCCGAAAUGGCUUCGUUAGUAGGAAAUGUACAAAAAUGCACCUAAACGCACUGUAUUUGUUGUUUUCUAAUGUAAGAGCCUUUUUAUAAACACAUGGAUCGGUACCUUCACUAGUAGGGGCCUGUUUUAUUAUAUGUUUUAUUAAGGAACUCGUAAAACACUGCAAAUAAUUUCGACCAAAUACUGUCCAAAGAAUGUUACAAACCCACUCCAUAACCAUAUGAACAACAAAUACUGACGUGUUUAUUUCAAUACGCAAUUAGUACAUUUUUGUUAAAUAUAUCCAAUACUCUUCACUCGGGUGUCACUGGCUGUCUAAAAAUGCUGAAUGGAUGAUUAAAGUUUUAGUGAAAAAUGCAGCCUUUUUCAUAUAAAUGCAAUAAACACGGAGUCCCGUGCAGUGAUUCUAACCUUACGUUCACGCAAAUCGAUCACGUCGCUCGUAAUUUGUCUCGUCUUGGCGUUUCAUGACCGCUAAGUCGCUUGUGGGCGUGCACCGCCAGCAUUUUAAAAAAACAUUUAAAUCACUGAGAAAUGGGAGCAGCCAAAAAAUGUAUAUCUGGCAGCCCACUAUACAAUUUAUACAGACACCUUUUAAGUUUGAUUGACAUGUUACGUGCUAGGCUUUGUUUAGCAAAGCAUGCUAACCGCAUUAACUACACAAGCUCAUCAGACGCACUGACAAUCUCUGUCGCUUCCUUCCGAGCUUCAUUUUUCAAUCACAAUGUCUCUAUACACAUUUAAUGAGAGAAGCAAUUAUGCAUAUGCAUAAACACUGAUUGCAUAUAGGAAUUGAAGUUGUGAAUAGGGAACUAAAGAAACCUCAGACCGCAUGCACCAUUGCAUUGUUGAGAAAUUAUUCGAGCCAGUUGUUUGGAUUCGUCACGUUUCCACGUCUCCUAAUUUUGCAGAGAAUUGAGAAAAAAUGUCGCUGAAAUCAGAUACACGCGGAAGACGAAUGCUCGCGUGCGUUCAUCGCUCGCAACCGCCGCUUGAGUGUGUGAACGUAAGGUUAAUCUGGAAUCACAGAGACGUCUUGCACUGCACGUUUGUGUUUUCCCCUGCUCAAACGCACCUCCGAUUAGAUCUAAAUGUGGUAGAUGAGUGAACAGUGCAUUAACAAUCAUGUCCCUAGCACGGUUUGGAAGCAGCUAGCAAACCUCAUUCAUGGUUAAAGCUUAUCCUUUAACUGAAUGACUUUUUAUUGCACAUAUACAAACUUCAGACCAAGUAUCAGCACACAAACUUAGGAUCCAUUGACUCAAAGUGUGACAGUUUGGUUUCAUUUCCAGGGAGUGAGAUUUGAUUUUUGGCCUCGAUAGUGCAAUUUUUCCUAUUCGUUUUUGGAAAGGUCACGUUGUUGUAUGAUUGAUGAUUAUAACAUUACUUUGAAAAUUAGCAGUGAUGCUGAAGUCCUGAUUGUUUUAUAACCGUUUUUAGUUCAGUUUUCUUCUGGCCUUAUACUGUAUAUGGUGUUAUUUCUUGGUGCUCUAAAAUAUUUAUUGUGUUUGUCAAGCACUACCUUUAUAAUAUUUCCAGUUUCUAUACGUCAACAGUAAAUGUGAUACAAAUAUUUAUAUUUUGUUGAGUAGCCCUGAUCAUGUGUUCAAAAAUGAUUGAAAUGAUGGAAAUGUAUUUUUGUUUGCUUUUAACUUUGACAUUAAACUCCAAUAGAUUGUGAAA